AUGAACAACAUUGAUGUUUGCCUGAAAGUUCUGCGGAUCUUCACCGACGAUGAGACGAAGUCUAGGGGAGAUAUCAGAAAGGACUUUUGCAGAGAAGCGUUAGUCUGGAGAAAUUUGCAACACCCCAACGUGCUCUGUGUCAUUGGUAUCAACGAAGAUCUAUUCCAUCCAAGUUUUUGCCUCAUCUCUCCUUGGAUGAAGAAUGGCAAUAUCAUUUCAUUCUUAUCGCAGCAUCCGGAACACAAUCAAUGUCAAUAUGAUGAACAGAUAAUUGAAGUAGCAAAUGGGCUCGAUUACCUUCACUCACAUAAACCUCCGGUCAUACAUGCUGACAUUCGUGGGGCCAACAUCCUUGUCAAUGCGGACUUUCGCUGCUGCUUAGCAGACUUUGGCCUUGCGAAGGCUGUGAUGACAUGUGGGUUCGGAAGCUAUGGAGAUUCGAGAAAAGGAUCUUCCAGAUGGCUUGCACCUGAGCUUCUUCAGGUUGACGCUUCCUCCAAUUGGCAGUAUCAAACAUUUAGAGAUAUAUAUGCCUUUGGAUGUACUGUAAUCGAGAUUUUCACUGGGCGAAUUCCAUUUUGGAAUAUUAAACAAGAUAUCGCCGUUAUGCUUGCUGUAUGGCAGAACGACCUUCGACCAGCUAGGCCCAGCUAUGAUGAGCUGCCGUAUGAUAGCGUAUGGUCAUUGGUCGAACUCUGUUGGUCGAGGGACGUUCAUAGAAGACCAUCUUCUUCAAGCCUGGUCCUUCUUAUCCAGUUCCGUACGAAGGAAGCAUAA